AUGAAGUGGGUAGAAAAAGUCUUUGAAAUGCACUAUCCUGACUGGGAAAACAGAAAACAAAUCCCUAACUCAGAAGCAAUAAAAAGAGUCGACCUAGAAUACGAUUCUCAAGGAAGUCCCUUAGCAAGAGAACAGAUUUUAAAAUCAUAUGAAAAGUUCUUGGCCACGGCAAUGUCUAUGCUGGAAUUUAAAGAUGAAGAUGUUCCCCCGACUAUUAGAGAUGAAACUAAAGCAGAUCUUUAUCGUUGGGUUGAUGCUACUGGCAUAACAAUCAAAAACUGCAACAUCCGUUUAAAAUGUAUUCUACGAGCAUUUUAUGAAAUCUUAGACAACAAAGAAAAUAAAGCCAGCAAAGACCUUGACAACAUGAAACCUUUUCCUAAUCCCUCCGCAAAUGCAUACCUUAAUACUUUCGCUAAUUUUAACAAACAAAAGAUAAAUGAAAGUCAGCAAGCUCAAAACUUAAAAGGCAAAAGUUGGAACGAAUUGAAUUAUGAACCAAAGUUUUUUGGAAACGAACAGAAAGGCAAAAUCACGUUAGAACAAAUAAUCAAUAGUAUUAUAUUGUAA